AUGGUACAUACCGCCAUUGGUCAUUUUGAAGCAAGAGAAGAGAUGAGAGCUACAUGGCUUAAUAUUACCCAGUACAAACCUGAAACUGUUCGUGUGAUAUUUCUAGUUGGUACAACAAAAAAGGAGAGUGACCAAGAAAAAUUAUCGCAAGAGAGUGAAAAAUUUAAUGAUAUUAUUCAGGGAGAUUUUAUGGACACUUAUAGGAAUUUAACAAACAAAGGGGUUUUGGGGUUCAAAUGGAUCACCGAAAAUUGUAUGAAUGCAGAAAUCAUUAUCAAGAUUGACGAUGACUCUGUCAUUAACCUUUACAAGUUCUUCACAAAUUUUAUCUACCUGAGAAAGGAAAAGAAGUUUCUUUUUUGUAAUGUGUGGCCAAAAGACUACAUGAGAAUUGAACGUGAUAGAAACAACAAAUGGUUUGUAAGCGAUAUUUUUUUCAAAGGCUAUAGCCUCUUUCCUUACACUUAUUGCAGUGGAUUUGCUGUAUUUAUUUCCACGGAUCUUAUUCCAGCCUUGUAUAAGGCCGCCAUGACGGCGCCAUUUUUCUGGGUGGAUGACGUAUACCUUUUUGGAAUUCUCUCUUCUCGAGUCGACAAUGUGAAGUAUAAACAAAUGGAAGAAUACCUGACUUUAUUUCAUUCCGAAGCUCUUGAGUGUUACAGAAAGUUUGGGAGAAAUUGUAAAUAUCUUGCCAUGCUGUCAAUGCGUGGUCAGAUUCGUGAGAUGUGGAAUGCUAUUGUGCAUGAUAGAAUAAAAAUUGGAUGA